CCCGUUUCUAUGCACUCCCAGUCCCAAAACCAGAGCAUCCGCUCUUUUCUUGGCUCUCUCCUUGCUCAUGUCUUGCCUGAGUCUGAGUUUUCCGCCUCCCAAGAAGGCGUGGAAGAUUCUCACCUCCAAGCUCCAGCGGAAGCUCCCCAAGCUCCACAGGCCAAGGCCCGUCUACAAAUUGCCGAAAGCUGAAGUUCUCACCGCUGCUUCUUCAGGAGCCAAUGAGCCUGUCAUUGUCGUGAAGCAACCCCGUCGACGGCACAGGCAGAGACCUCGGCGCGUCCACGCACCGGGCAUUUUCAACGUUCGGCAUCGUGUGUUCAAGAAGCAGCAAGCGCACAUGUUUGUCGAUAAGCUCUUCAAGGAGCCUCUGGAAGGGAUCUUAGAGCACCGUUGCCUAGACACUCUUCCUGUGAGGUAUAUGCCGAGUCCCAACAGCAUCGCUACGAUCGACUGCUCUGCUCCAGAGGCAGGAAAGAAUGACGAGGAUCGCGGCGGCGAAAGUGGUGCAAAGACAUGUGAAGCGGACGACAUGUGGGAGUCGGUAGGGCUGGCGUCUCCGCUGACUCACGGGAUUGAUGAGAGAGCCGAGGAGUUCAUAUCCAGCUUCCGAGCUGAAAUGGAGCGUCAGGAGAGGGUGGCACGGAGUUUGUAGUUGAUAAAUUCAUAUAUUUUCUCCUUUUUCUUCUAUUUUUUUUCCUCCCCUUCUGGAUUUGUGAUUACUGUCGUCAAGCUCAGCCUUCUGUUGUGUACAUACUUUGCAUAAUAGAGCCUGGAUUUCCAAUA